AUGUCUACGUCUGGCAACAACCAGACUCCGCACCGCCAGAUCCGUGCCUCAUACAAUGACGAAGCUAUCACUGUUUACCAAGCAUAUUCCGAGUCCAUCGCGAAAGCCGCAGUCAGAGAGCAGAAGUUAUACGCAUCCCCAGACUUCUCGUUCACAAGGAUGACCUGGAUCAAGCCAAGUUGGUGCUGGAUGAUGUACCGCUCUGGCUACUCUACCAAAGAUCCGCGCCAAUCUCACAUCUUAGCUUUGAAGAUGACCCAUGAAAUCUUCCAGGAACUUCUCUCGCAAGCUGCUGUUUGCCAUGGGUCAGCUCUAACAGACGAAGAGAAAGCGAAGCCCGUUAGGGUGCAGUGGAUCCAGAACGAGGGCCCUGUCUGGAGGUCCUGCGUCACCGAAGUAUUCAAAUUGGGAUUGGACAGAGUUUGA